CUUUUACAGGUAUUGGAUGCUCGUGCAGGCGGGUGCCCACAAAAGGAAGCCCAACGGCAUCCUGGGAACCCUAUGCAGGGAGCUCUUCCCUGGGCUGGUGAUGCAUGCCGGGAACCUGGAGCCGGCAUACACGUGGGACCACUACAUCGCCGUCCCAGAUGCAGAAGAUCGGGAAGGGAGGUCCUUCGGCAACAAGGCGAGACGGGUGGUGGGAGAAUUUUGGGAUUUCUACAGGUGCGAGCCAGGAUACGAGGCCAUAGCGGCUCAGGUGGCUGACACAGCAUGUCGCAAACUAGUGAAGGACAUGCACUACGAGGCGCGUGUUCAGGCCGUAAUUACCUACUGCGCCGAUGUGGAAAAAAGGAAGGUCGGCAAGGACGUAGCAAGAAAUAUGUUUCUCAUGCGGGAACAAUACUUGAGGGUAAAUGACGAAAUCACUACUCAUUUCUUUUGAAUUUCAUUUUCGGAAAUGUCAUCCACUUUGCUUCAUUACGUGUAGGUGCCUCCGAACUGGUGUGCUGGCAAGGGCGCGUGCUGGGAAAUGAUGGUGGACAUGUGGCUUAGCGAGGAGUGGAUUCAGCGGCACAACUUAUGCCGGGAGCGCCGCUUGUUGAUGCAAGGUGCGCCACACCAUCAAGGCAGCCGAGGCCUUCCCGAGUACAGGGAUGCUUGGUCGGGGUCACAUGAAGACCAGGAAUGCAACGACUUCUAGGCAUACUGUAUGGCGCACAAGGGCAGGGCGACGUCCGACGUCUCCUACAACCCGGCGGAUCCACCCGAGGCGUAUAGCAACCCGAGCGUCCACACGCGCAUCACUGAGUACACGGAGAUGGGAAAGGCACUCCAUGGGGACACAUGGGAUCCGGCCACCCAGCCCCUUUCUGGAGAAGCCAUCAUGAGGGCAGGAGGAGGGAAGAAGCACGACCGUUACUGGAUCGCCAACAGCCUUGUCGACACAGCCAGUACGCCGACUCUCUCCCAGCUUCGGGCACGGACCACCGACUCGACUCCGCCAAUACGCCCACGGCCUGAGACUUCAGUGGCCAGCGUGCGUGCAAUCCAGGCCCGGAUGGACGAAGAGACGAAGAGGCGGGAGGAGAUCGAGGUGAGGCUGGAGGAGGAGCGGACGCUAAGGCAGGAGCAAGAGCGCAGGUGGCAGGAAGAGCGGAUGCAAGAGCGGCAGAGGAUGCAAUAUAUACAGCCUUAG